AUGGAGGCAGGGCGCAGAGAAGAGAUACCCCAAGCCGCAAUGUCAUCGUCCUCAUCAUCGUUCGCGUCAUAUAUGAACUCACCACCGAAGCACCACACGCUGGCUGAUGCAACAAGCGAAGAAAGUGCCGGUGUUCAAGCGAACAACGCUCACAUCUGCGUAGAACCCCCGAGCGCCAUGUGGCUUCAAAAGUUUUUGUCCACCUACUUUCUGUGCGAUCUCUGCCACAAGAUCGUGAUAGAUCCCGUGCAAAUUUUGCCGAAUGUCAUUUUGGCAUGUAGGCGUUGUACUCUCUCGCGGCGCGUUUCCACUGAUGCCAUGGUGGAGCUCCCCCACGGGGUGGCGCAGGCGUUCGAGGAGCUGUACGAGACGCGGCGGAGCCAGCAGCGGGCCAUGGCGAACACGUCUCCAGAGCCGGGGGGGUCCAACCGGGUUGUUGACGACUCCAUCGCUGCACGCCGGGUCGUCCGCGUCAAACGCACCGCGGCCGUUCCGAGCGGCGAUGUGACAAAACACGUCGAUCCACAUGCGACUGCCGACACAGUCAAGGCGGCAUCGGCCUCAGCAGCAGCAGCAGCAGCAGCGGCGGCGGCGUCGGCGAAAACGGCAAAAGCUAUUGGUCUUCACCAGGAACUCCGUGGGCUAGAGGAUGGCGAGACGUAUCGACGUGAUAGGAUAGAAACUGGCGAGGCAAGUGAACGAUUGGAGCUCAUGAAGAAGUACACUGCCACCAUGAGGAAUAUUCAGGUCCGCAGCCGCGUGAGCAGCAAAUCACUUAAGAAGGAAGCGGAUACUAUGUAUGAACGGGCAGAGUACACCAUGGCGCUAGAGCUUUACUCCAAAGCCAUUGAACAACAACCUCUUGACCGUCUGACACGACUCAGCGCCUUGUAUGGGAAUCGGAGCUCUGCGUACUUUAUGGCACAGCGCUACAACGACUGCAUAUCAGACUGCAUGAAAGCAAUAGAAUUGGAGCCUGAGAAUGUUAAGACUUAUACACGGGCAGCAAAGGCUGCAGCUGUCAUGGGUGAUCUCGCCCGUGCUGUUGGCAUUAUGGACACUAUUCCGGAACACCUGCUUGUAGAUGCCAUUCUCAGUGAGAAGAAGCGGUAUAAGGGGGGACUUGAAUUGUAUCAGCGUGCCGAGCGGGCAUUUGGAACGCCGGAAGGCGACGAAAAUUGGCUCAUGCUGGUUGCUCAGUUCAGCGAUGCCAUUCCUUUUCGGUUGCGCUAUGCUGAAUCAUUGAUGAAGCAGAAACGUUAUUUAAGAGCGGUAGAGGCAUUGGAAGUGGUGUCACCUUCUCGAAGGACACCAAGGCUGUGGCACUUGGUGGCGAAUUGCUUGUAUCUUUCUGGCUUUGAACAUUUUGAAAAGGCACGCGCCUGUCUUGUGGAUGUGCAGCAGCUAGAUGAAAGUUGUGCCAACCUGCUGAGGCUAAUCAAUAUCGUGGAUGAGGGCAAGCAAAAGGGAAACAGUCUUUUUCAACAGAAGAAGUUUGCGGCAGCUGUGGAGCACUACACGGAUGCUAUUAACGCUUCGGAGAACAACCAUCAAAUCCUGCGUAUCUUGUAUUGCAACCGUGCUGCUGCUCACAAGGAAUUGGGAAGGUACCGCGAGGGCAUUGAUGACUGUACAAAGGCCAUUCAUUUGGACCCGGAGUUUUCCAAGGCGUAUGCCCGACGUGCACGUUGCCAGCAGCAGCUGAAUGACUUCCCAGCGGCCAUUCGAGACUUCAAGAGUGCGAUACAAUACGAUCCGAGCGACCAUGAGCUGGUGCGCGAGCUGCGCAACUGCGAGCACAACAUGGCGAAGGAAGCUGAACGUGAGAAGGACUACUACUACGUUCUUGGUGUGAGUCGUAACUGCAGCGAACGUGAAAUUAAACUGAAGUAUCGCGAGCUGUCUCUUCGUUGGCACCCAGACAAGUGCAUAUCACUUCCAGAAAAUGAGCGUGUGCACGCGGAGCGAAAGUUUAAAAUCAUCGGCGAGGCUCACACAACCCUUAUCGACCCUGUGAAGCGGCGUGAGUACGACCUCAAGUUAGACCGUGAACGCCUGACGCGCUCGGGUGGCUUUGGCGGUUUUGCCACGUACAGCGGCGACACGUUCCGCGGGCAGGCCAACCGCUACCGCGCUGGCGCCGGCGGGUUCUGGUGA